GAAAAGAGUAUCCUCUUUGUUAUUGGUUAUGAAUGGUUUGUUUUUAAUAACCUUAUAUCUUCAUUCAUGUUGAAUUGUUUGUAAACCGGCUCAAAUUUGAAUUAUUUAAUGAGAAUUUAAAAAUUAAUGCCUAUUCUUAAAGCAAAGGAACCAGCAUACAUCAAUUUCAUGCAGAGUGAGUAACGUGAAAAAUAGCUGAAAAAGGAACAGAAUAAAUGGUAAAACGUUGAUUGAUUCAUUGUUCUUAACUCCAUACCUACUUCAAGAAAUUAUCAAUUUACUGAGAUAAAUAAAGGUAUGUAGUUUAAAGCUGCCAAAACUCAACCAUGAAUACCACACCAGUUGUUGUGAAAAGACCUCGUGGGAGACCCAGAACCAGGGGCUUAGAUGGAACCAAUAAAAAUGCUAAAGGCUUACAUGUGGCUAAGUGGAAACCAAUAGGUCCAGAUAAACAUACGUGGAAGGUUGCGCUAACAAGCGUAAAAACCUUAACCAAGGCACCAACUCUAAAAGAUGUUGAGAGUCCUGAAGUUAUUUCUCUUGACGGUGACGAUGAGGAAGCAAAUAUUGUUGAAGAAGAAGAUAUUGAAGAACUUUUGGAUAGCAAAAAUAAUUCAGAAAUUGGCAAUGCCAUGGAAGUAAUAUCUCUUGUAGAUGAAGAAAGUAGCAGUGAUGAAGAAAAAGAUACUCCUCUUGGAACUGCAAAAGUUUCAUUCCUUGACCCUGAAAAUAGAAAAAUUCACAAAUUUAUAAAAAUUUUAAAUGCUGAUGAUGAAAAUGAAUUAAUAGAUGUUGAAAAUGUCAGUUCUGACUCAGAUAUAGAAGAAAUAAUAGAAAAUGAAAAAAGAAUAUAUAUCACUAUAGAUCCUGAUGAUUAUAAAAAGGUGAUGAAAGAAAAAUCUAGUCAAGAGGACCUUAAAAAAGUUAUUAAAACAAGUCCUGAAGAAUUUAAAAUGAUCAGAAAUAAAAAUAAGCCUGUUCAUGAAGGGAAAAAAAAAAUGAAAAAGAAUAAAUUCAUGAUUGAUUCUUCCAGGAACAGCAUUGUUGAAGGUACUGAUUUAUCCGACAGUUUUAUCAAUAAACUUAAUGAACCUGUUUCAUCUGAAUCUCCUGAUUCCUUGAAAGGACCAAAUAUACCAAAAGCUCUCUGUUGCCAUAGUUGUAGCUUUGUUUGUUUUAAAGAAGAAGAAUUAACCUUUCAUAUUGCUGUCAAACAUCCUUCAAAAGAGUCUUUAAGGACUUACACUGCGGCCGAAAUUCAAGAACUUGAAAGAGAAAUGAGAGAUCAGGCUGAUGACUGCUCCUCUUGUAGCCAAGCAUUGUGGUAUUUGCCAACGCUAAGAGCUCACGCUCUGAUACAUUCAACUGGACAAGUUGGUUGUGAAGCAUGUCAUCAUGGCACGUCAGUAAUCAAACUUCUUAUGGACCACUUGGAAUCACAUGUAGGGUCUGAAGAAGAGGAAGAUAGUGACUUAUAAAUUUUAUCUUGGUUAAAAUAGUUAAUUUAAAUUUUUAACUUUGUUAAUCAUUUCUGCAUUAUAAUUUUUGUUAUACUAAUGUUUCUGUGAUUUAUUUAUAAAUAAAUAAAAAAAAUAUAUUUUAGUUUGUUUGUCUAAAAUUUGUAGCAGGUAAUAAUAUAAUUUUUU